GGGUUUUUGGAGGGAAAUUAGGGUUGAGAGUGAGAAUGUAUUUGAGUGUGCUCGAAUUGUUAAGGGUCCUGACUUCGUUCCUCCUCCCCCUGUAUGCAGAAAUUGAGAUGUCUUCAGACGAGGCUAGGAGUGUAGUGGGAAGUGAGGUAUUGCCCUUGGAAUAUGGUGGCAUGGAUUCGGAGACCAGUCCGUCUCCAACGAGUUCGGAGAGGACGGUGGAGGAGAGGAGAGAAGAAGUAGUAGUAGAGGAGGAAGAAGAGGAGAUCCCCUCAAACGCGUUGGAAUCUGGGGGUGGCGUAGACGGGUGCUAUGACCCGGACUUAGAGAUAGUGUCCGAGGUGAGGGGGUAUGUAAGCGAAUUAGGGAGUAGAAGUAGCCUUAGGGGGUUAGUAGGGAACUGUAACCUUCCCCACCAUGUCCUAAUCAGGCCUGCCAGGGUGAAUGAGAGGGCAUGCUCAGCACCCCGAGAUCAUUGGAUGCCCAUAUACCUGCACUAUUUGAUUGCAGGGCUUAGGUUUCCCAUUCCAGAAUUACUGGUUGGGCUGUUGUUAGAUUAUAGUAUAGGAAUAACCCAGCUAACUCCAAAUGCCAUGAGGGCUGGGGGUGGAGGAGAAAAGGGGUGGUAUCACUUCGGUCUUCGGUCGUCCAGCAAAGAGAAUAAGAAUUUAUUCUCUCCUGGGCCGUCAUCCAUCAAAGGAUGGAAAGAAAAUUUCUUCUUUGUGGAUGACACCAAGUGGAGUAGGAGGGAUGCCGAAGUGGAACAGUUGUCUGCUUGGAAAGCGAAGAAAUCCAAGCAGAACAACUAUAAGUUGAACGAGGAUGAGGUGGAAGAAGUGAAGAAGCUGGUGAGGGAGGACGGAGACGUGGUGGACAUCCUAUACCUCACCAGUCCACAGGCAAUAGAGGCUGCUGAGCUCUAUGGGCCAAGCUCAUUGAGCGAAGCUGAGAUGGAGGAGUUUACUAAUGCUGCUGGGGGGCUGCGCAUCCCAAAGAAGCCAAGGAAGAAGUCAACGACUUCAGCUGCGGCGAACAGAGGGGUGCCCGAGAGAGAGCGCCUUCCCAGCACUUCUGCCUGGGCCAUGGAGGUGCAGCCAAGGCCGGAGCCUGAGAUAGGGGGCAGCGAGGAUGUAAGCGAGGAGACGGCUCCGCUCCAGAGGAAGAAGAGGAGGGUGGCAGAGCUAGAAAGCAGGGGGGAUGAGGUGGUGGAGUUCAUGCCUCAACCUUCUCCUCCAGAAAUCGUUCCUGAGGUCCGGGAGAGGGAAGAGGCCGAGGUGCAAGGCCUUAGUGGGGGCAGGGAGCGCACCCCACCCCACGCGUACCAGAAAAGUUUGUUUGAGGCGACAAACAUGACUGGGGCGAAGCACUUUCUCAACGCUACGCUUCCUGACGUGGAUAGGAUGCAAGCGAAGAACGAGGUGCUUAGCCAUGCGGGGUAUACCGUUGUGAGGCAUGCCCUAGAGAGUGCGAGCUGGACGAACGCUCUAGCGCAGGAGUAUACAGAGAGCGUUAGAGAUCGUGCCAGCUUGCAGAGGCAGUGCGAUGCCCUGCGAAAGGAGAAAGAGGAGCUGCAGAAGGAAAAGAGGGAGUUGCAGAAGAAAAACCAGCAGAUUCAGAGGAGGCUAGAUGAGGUGACACCAACAGUGACCGAGCUCCAGAGUGAAAACAGUGUCUUGAGCACGAAACUGUCUCUUGAGGAACGCAAAAGGAAAAUUUGCGAAGAGAAGCUCGAGACUCAAGACAAAUAUAUCGAGAGCCUGAAGAAAGGGGCAGUGGAGCUGAAGAACAACGUGGAGCUGUUGGUGCACAACGGGAUGGAGGGACAUAUUGGCAACUUCCUCAACUCCAGCACCUUCGAGGGCAUCCUCAAGCUGUACCGACUGCCAACCGCCAUCCUGGCCUUCACCGACUGUAGAAAGAAGGUGAAGGCCCAGUACCCAGAGGUGGACGUGACAACGGUCACCUUUGGGGAACAGGAGGAAGGAGUGGAGGAAGAUGGCGAGAGUCUUUGUGCGGACUUCCGUCCUCAGAUUACUCUGAGGGAGAAGAAGAAGAAGAAGAAGGAGCGUUAGGCGCUGGUG